AUGCCGCGGUGCUCACACGUCCAGCUCCAACAGUGUACAUAUUUAAAAAGCAAACCUCAAAGGAAAGUGUCUGGAAUGAAGAAGCCACACGAGCCGAGCAGCCAGAGCAGUGAGUGUGUGUUAGCCUCAGACUCACACAAGAAGUUCAAGAGGAAAGCGAGAGAGCCAAGGAGACUGUUCCACUGCCCCGAUGUGGGAGAGGAGGACUGCAACAACACCGAGAGCCCUCACUCUCACACAGAGACGCCGCACACAGAGAUCCCUCACUGGCCGACCGCCAUCUCGCAGCCGCUCUGUAGCCGCCUGCGUCUGGCUCCUCGCUUGUCCGUCAGCAGCAGCAGCCACCAGGAGCUGUGUCUGCCGCCGCUGAGCAAGGCACCUUUCAGGCCUCAGUAUGAAGAGGAGCUGGAGGACUCCCCUUCUCCUACGGCGUGUGUGAGGCUGGGGCCCGGGGCUGAAGGCGGGGGCCACGGUCCUGAAGUCAGGGCCCUGCAACAGACCAGGAGGCUCCUCGCUAAUGCCCGCGAACGCACUCGAGUACACACCAUCAGCGCGGCUUUUGAGGCCCUCAGGAAACAGGUGCCAUGUUACUCCUAUGGACAGAAACUUUCCAAGUUGGCAAUUCUGCGUAUCGCCUGUAACUACAUCCUGUCCCUGGCUCAGCUCGCCGACUGUGACUACAGCUCAGAGCAGAAGAAGAACUUCUCCCACUGUGUGGAACAGUGCACCCACACUCUGCAGGCAGAGGGCCGCAGCAAGAAGAAGAAGAUGGAGAGGAUGCUGGAGAAUGUGUGA